AUGCAAACGUUUCAGUCUGCUUCACCACGUCGUGUUUUUGUAGAAUUGACUGCUUCACGAACAAAUGCUUUACAAUUUUCUUUUCUUAAGCGAAGGCGAACGUCUAAUAGCAGUGCAGAAACAUUCUCUCAGGAAGAGUUUUCUUAUGAAAAGCAGAUGAAACGAGUUAAAGAAGGGGAUGUUGAUAUUCAAUGUUUAGAUACCAAGUUGAUUCCUUAUCAUGGUAUUGAUACAUCUCCAAUACAUACUAGUCAUGAAGAAAAAAUAAAGAAUUUGGAAUCUAAUACAUUUUCGAAGGAUGGUUGUGCUGAUGUCCGUGUUGAUUGUGUUUCGAAAAAUGAAAAAUAUAAUGCACUUCAAGGUUCUGAUUCCAAUACAUUACCUGCUAAUAGUAGGUUGCUUGAAUCAUUUUUUUUAUCAAAAGAGCAGAUUAAAAAGUAUGCGCAUGUUUUAAAGCUCAGACUUCGUCUCGCUUAUUAUAAAUUGCAAAUUAACCAACCUCAUUCGGCAUUUUCUACACUUCUUUUAAUUCCAAAACGAGAUAAGAUAUCGCCUGUUGAAUUGCCAAAGACUACUUUAUCAAAAACAGUUGUUCCGGAUAUACGGCUUCUAUCCCCUAUAGGUUCUCAACCAUAUGAGACUGCUUCUCAAUGUUUAUAUAAUAAUGAUAAUUUAAUUCUUAAUACAUUUAAUUAUUGUAGGUAUAAUAUUGGAUUAAGUUCACCUCCAUUAAGCGAAGAACGAUAUUGUAAAGAUGGUUUCCCUCUGGAUUUCACUGAAAACAUGUCGAAAUAA